AUGAACAAUUUACCAGCAUUUCCAAGUUUUGAUCUUGAAACGGAUAAAUCCAAUGCAGGCACGCGUUGGGAGAAAUGGAUUGGGCGCCUCGAAAAUUUAUUUGUAGGGAUGAAAAUAUCAAACGCUGACCAGAGAAGAGCAUUAUUACUACAUUACGCCGGAGAAAAAGUGUACGACAUCUAUGACGUAGAGAAAAAGGACAGCGCAGCGACUUAUGAUGCAACAAAAAAGGUACUUAGCGACUAUUUUGCUCCCAGAAAGAACGUUCAAAUUGAAAUUUACAACUUUAGAUCAUACAAGCAAUUAGAAGCACAAACGAUUGAUGAAUAUGUGACUGAGUUAAGAACUUUGGCAAAGAACUGUGCAUUCGCAGACAUUGACAAUGAAAUUUUACAACAAGUGAUACAACAUGGCCGCUCAAAUCAACUCAGAAGAAGAGCGUUACGUGAACCAGAUAAAAAACUCGAUGACAUUAUUACAAUGGGUGUUUGA